CGGAGGUUGUCGCUUUUUGUGCGGGUGUUUUUGUUUUUAAUAUAAGCAAAAAGUAAAUAAAUUGUAUGAAAUAGUAUUCGUACGUGCGUGCGGUCGAGUCAUCGAACUAGAAACAUAAUUGCUGAAACCGCGGUUUUAAAAAAAGUGUAAACGAAUAAUAAGUGUCAGAAAAUAGCAAAGAAAAUUGUUAUUUAAGUGCUCGUUAAAGUGUAAAACGCUUGAAAUCGACUAGAAUUUUGCAAAGAAUUGAGUCUGUGUCUUGCUAAAGUAAUUUGCCGCUGGUCCAAUUUUUUUUGUUUGCUGUCUGCAACGCAAGUGUAUACAAUUGGAUUAAAUAACGGCGAAAAUCAAAGCAAAUCGCGCUAAAAAUAACUGUUCUACGGCGGCGAGAGGACAGCACUUAACUGUUUUCUACGGGGUUCGCAUAGAAAGAAAGAGAGCGAUAGAGGAAGUGAAUAAACGGCAAAAGAUGUGCACCUUUUUAAAUUGAAAGUGAAUAAUUUUAUGCAAUUGCAAACUCACACACACACACACAACUGUGUUCAAACGUCUGUCAUUGUGUGCAAGUUAGACAGAGAGAGAGAGAGAGAGAGAGAGAGUGUGUGUGUGAGCGCGAGUGUUUUUGUGUGUGUAGUUGAGUGUGUGUAAUGUCUACAACAAGAAUAAUAAUAACAACAACUGUGGAAGGAUCAACCAAAACGCCGGCGUCGCCGACAGGGUAGUUUGUUAUAAACACAAAGCAGAGGCAGAGGCCAAAGCCCAAUAUCAAAUCAACAGCAGUGAACCAAGGGCCAGAGAGGACGACGACGACGACGGGGGCACGGGCACGCACAGGACUCUCUGCUCUCCUUUGCUUUUGUGCGCUUUUGCCGCCUGGAAUGCGCUGCUGCAGCCCAACAACAAGAACAACCGUGACAAAUACACAGACACACACACGCACCGGUUAAAGUGGUGCGGGGAGGAAACGCUGUUUAAUUGUUUGCAGAAGGCAGCAGCAAAAGCGAAAGAGAGGGACACAGCAUCAAACGAAACGAAAGUGCAAUUGGGAUGCAUUUGGCAAAUACAUACAAACAUCAUUGACAGCGCCGCUUGAGUCGAGUCGAGUCGAGUCGAGAGUUGGCUGCAUUCAUUGUAUGCAUUUUCUUUUAUCUGCUGUCCGAAUAACUUCUUAAAUCACCUCUAACGAACGAUCAACGACUACAAUGUCGAUUAAACGCAAAUCGCAUAAGUUUAAAGAAAAUUCUACUAAAGCAAAUUGAAUAUCAAAAUUCUAAAUCAAAGUGUGUCAACAGCAAACAAUCAAUAGAUUGCUAUUAUAAACGAAUACGAAUCCGAAUCCGAAAUCGAAUUCGAACGACUGCAGGUUAGGAAAACGUCAGACAACAUGGAUCUCAGUCUAGAACGCGACAGCUCUGCGCUGGGCAGUCUGUUUCAGCAGAUUAUCAACGAUAUGAAGAAUACUUCGCCACUUUGGGAGGAUUUUGUGGCAAAGGCCAGUAAACUGCACACAUGUCUGCGCGCUGCUAUUCAGGCAAUUGCUGCCUAUUUGGAUGCCUUCCAAAAAAUUGCCGAUGCGGCCACCAAUUCCAGAGGUGCAUCCAAGGAAAUCGGCACCGCCUUGACGCGCGUCUGUCUGCGCCACAAGGCGGUCGAGACGCGCCUCAAAUCGUUCACGGGCGCCAUCAUGGACUGCCUGGUGCAGCCGCUGCAGGACAAAAUCGAGGACUGGAAGCGCACAGUGGCGACCAUUGACAAGGAUCAUGCCAAGGAGCACAAGCGUUGCCGCACCGAGUUGAAGAAGCGCUCCAGCGACACGCUGCGACUGCAGAAAAAAGCGCGCAAGGGCCAAACGGACAACAGUCUGCAGUCGCUGAUGGACUCGCAUAUGCAGGAUGUGACGCUGCGGCGCGCCGAGCUGGAGGAUGUCGAGAAGAAGUCGCUGCGCGCUGCCAUGAUCGAGGAGCGGCUGCGCUACUGCAGCUUCGUGCACAUGCUGCAGCCCGUGGUGCAUGAGGAAUGCGAGGUCAUGUCCGAGCUGGGCCAUCUGCAGGAAGCCAUGCAGUCGAUUGCGCUGGUCACCAAGGAGCCCAGCGUGCUGCCCCAGGCCUCCGAGGAGCUGAUUCAUGUGGCCAAGGCCAGCAUCAAUCUAUAUCCGGAGUCACCUGGCGGCGGCUCCGGCUCACAGGGCGGCGGCUGCUCCAACUCUUUGGGCUCACGCAAAAGUUCCGUUUGCUCCAUCAGCAGCAUGAACAGCAGCGGCUCCAGCAACUCACCGGGACAUCAUCACUAUCAACGCUCAUUGUCGCAGUUUGUAACGCCCGCAAUUCGCUUGAAACCUGGUGAAUCCAGUGAUAGUGGCUUUUGCUCAUCGCCAGCGCUAACAACACAGGCUACAAAUGCGAGCAACCAGACACAUGCUGUUGCCACUUGGCCGCCACAUUCGCAGGAUGUUGUCGAUACGCUGCCACCAACUGCGGAUCGUCCGCAUACGAUUAGCACCACCUAUGAGAAGGGACAUCAGCGUCCGCCGCUAACUGUUUACACGUUCCAGAAUCCCGAGACCAUACACGAGUCCAGCAGCAGCAACAGUCUGGUGCCCACUGGCAACAGCAGCUCGGGACAGAAUACGCCGGCAACACAAAAAUCGCCAGCGGCAACGCUCAGUCGUCCGCCCUUGCCAGUGAAGCCGGCGCAUGUGCGCUGCUCAUCGCUGGAGCGUCCGCUGUCGGCGCAGAGCAAUCAUCGCCAGAAUAGCGCACAGAAUCUGCUGCAGCGUCAGUGCCCAUCGCCGAUUCCAGCUCAUAUCACGAAAGAGCUGUCCGCAGCACAUCAUGCACAGCAGCAAUCACAGCCGCAGCAACAGCAGCAGCAACAGCCAGCGCCCACCUAUGUUAACACCUGUGAACUGGCAGCUAUGAAACUAACACAGCAGCAACAGCAGCAAUCGACUCCUUUGCUGCAGCAGCAGAGCAGCAUUGACUCGAUUAGCUCGCAGCAUUCGAAUGACUCGUCGACUAGCUCGCUACAGCAGCAAUUGCUGCUGCACCAGCAGCACCAACAGCAGCAGCAGCAGCAACAGCACAUGAACCAUCAACAGCCUCGCUCCCAUUCCAUUUCGUCGGCAUCGUCGCACACAGCCUCAUCGCUGCACUCACACGCCUCACUUGACUCGGCUGUGGCCACAGCUGGCGGCGGCGCUGCUGCUGGUUACACCAACACUAGCACCACAACGCCCUCUAGCGGCUGCUCAACGCCACAGAAUCACUACUCACCACUGUUAACCAAUUCACCAACGUCCACUGCCGCAGGUACACCCAGCGGCGGCAGCAUUGCCAGCGGUCUCGGCUUUGUCUAUCAGAUAAGUUCACCAACGCCACCGCCCAGCGCCCACGAGCCGCUCAAGAUCACCGAAUCCACAGCCACUGUGGACAGCGCCGAAGCCGACGAGCGCUCCCGCGCCUCUGUGCUGCAAAAGGCGUCCAUGUUCGAGAAGCAAGCGGCAGCAACAACUGCGCCCAACAAUGUGCCGCGACGCUCCGAGGAGAUUCGCGUUGCCGAGCAGCAGGAAAUGGACAAAUCUUUCGAAGAUUCAAUCCAAGCUUUAAACAAUUUAAUUGGCGAACUAGACUCUUUUCAACGUGAAAUCGAUGAGGGCAAGGGCAAGCAGCAGCAGCAGCACAACAACAACAACAGCAGCAGCAAUAGCAACAGCGGCGCCAGCAGCAACAACAGCAACCAGGAAUUGCUGCUGCUGCCAACCACCAUCGACUCGAUCAGCAAUCAAACCAACUCCAGUGGCUGCGGCACUGACAUUUCGGACACCACCUCCGAGGAGCUGGAGCAGCAGCACCAACAACAACAGCAGCUUGCAGCCAGCAGCAGUCGUCUGGGCGCCAGCGAUUCCGAGCUGAGUCGCUGCUAUGUAAGCGAGACCAGCUCGCUGACCGCCGGCUAUGAGAAUCCCACAUUCGCUCACUUUGCAGCGCAGCGCGAAGACGGCAGCGAGGGUCGCUCGCUGUACGCGGACAGCGUCUCGCUGGCUGCAUCGGAUACAGUUUGCCAGCAGCGUCACGCGUACGUGGACAGCGACAGCGGCAGCGCCGUGGUCGUCAUCUAUGAUCAUCAGAUUCCCAAUACGCCGGACAUUGAGUUUGUGAAGCAGAAUUCGGAGAUUGUGCUGCUGCGCACCAAAGAUCCGCAGCAGCUGCAGCUGCAUGAGAUGCGUGAGCUGCAGCAGCUGCCGGACAAUCUGGCUGGCUCGCCCGAGUCGCCAGAUGGCGCCACUGGUACAAGCAGCAGCAGCAGCGCACCAAGAGCAGCGACAGCAACUGUGGCGCCUGCCAAGCAGCGACUCUCCUCAUUUCGCGCUUCAAGUGAGCAGCAGCUGCAGCUGCUGGGACGCGCAAGUCCGCACAGAGGUACAGUAAGGCCUAGUUUAGAGCAACAACAACAACCACAACAGCAGCAACAACAGCAGCAGCAGCAACCACAACAACAACAGUUGAUAGCCAGUGAUAGCAAUGGCUUGCGGCUUAAGCUGCCGCCAAAGCCAAGCAGCUUAAGCAUUUUCAAUGCCAACACGCUCGAUACGAGCAACAGCAGCAGCAGCAGCAACAGCAGCAGCAAGCCAGUGAUACCUAGAAAGUUUGACUUUAAGGCUGAUUUAGAUGCCAAAAUACGCCAGCAGAAACUCAAAGUGCAACAGCAAUUGCAGCAACAGCAGCAAAGCAACUCACAGCAGCAACUGCCAGCACACUCACCAACAACAACAACAACACAGUCGCCCCCAACAACAACAGCAACUACACCAACAACUACUACUACUUCAAUAAACUGUAAUGUCAUUAAUAAACCAGACGCUAUUGCAUGCGCAUCAGCAAUCGCAGCAAGCUUAAGCCAAAUUCAUCUGCAUCGUAUGCCAAAACCAAAUCAAACAUCAGCAACAUACAAUCAUGCGCCAUACAAAACGCCCACAACAACAGCAACCACAACAACAACAACACCUGCGGCUAAACUGUCAUUGCUAUCAUCAUCAACUUCAUCUUCAUCUUCACCAACAUCAUCCACCAUAACAGCAGCAAUCUCAGCCGCAUUGCUGCCUGCCAUGCCCCAACUGCCCGCCAGAGCAACGCCAACGCCAGCAGCAACCAACAGCAACAACACAAUCACUUCCAAUUCAUUUAUGUGCUCCAAUGCCAAUGCCAAUGCCAAUGCCCAUGCCCAAGUUAAGCCGUGCAUAACGCCCAGGCCGGCAUCGCUGUCCGGAGGAGCUGGAGCUGGAGCAGCAGCUGCUUUGGGCGGCAGCUCCACGCGCAUUGCACGUCGUUCGUCCAUAAAUCAAGCCAAGCCACCGCCGCCAGUGCGACGCAGCUCCUCGGUUACGCCUAGUCCCAACAAUAGCAACCUGCUGCAGCAUCAACAACAAAUGCUUAGCAACUCCAGCGAGCAUUUGCCGCCGCCGCCCGCCUUUAUGCUUGAGGCAGCAACAGCAACAUACAACACAACAGCAACCACAGCAACAGAUAUGCCCAGCUCUGCGCUUAGAGUAUCAGAGACAGUGCGCGCUUUGGCAGCGCUGCGGCAUCAGCCAGCCUCGCCUGUUGCACUGCGUCGCUUGCAACAGCAGCAGCAGCAACAUACACAACAGCAACAGCAGCAACGCGCGCCUUCACUGCAGACAACACCACACACUCAGUCCCUGCACCAGUCCCCAGCAACUAGCGCUGAACUAGACUACGAAGCUUACUACAACUCCUAUAUGCAGCUGCAUGCGUACGCCAACAGCCAACAGCAGCAGCAGCAACAGCAACUUCAUUAUCAGCAGCAGCAGCAGCCGCCCACACCGCCGCCCUAUCAAGCUCCACCGCCGGCAGAUGGCUCGUUUCGCACCUCAUCGCCCAGCGCUGGUGGCAUCUACGCGCAGCCCAAGCUGAUGAGCAACAUGUCCAGCUUUCGCACCAGCAGUCCCAGUCCCAAUGGUCAUGGACAUGCUCAUGCGCUGCCACCAACACAGCCCAAGGCUAAUCCGAAUCUAAUUGCACAGCUCAAUGCACGCAUCAACAGCAAACAGCAGCAGCAGCAGCAACACCAGCAACAGCAACAUGUUGCCGAAGGCAUUUAUGGCAAUGCAGGCGACAACAUUUACAUGCGCGGCGGUCUCUCCAUGACACAGCAGCAACAGCAGCAACACAUUGACGCAGCUGCGCAACAAGCAGCACAACGACAGCAGCAGCAGCAACAACAGCAACAGCAGCAACAUUAUACAUGCCCACCGCCAUUAGAAGAUCCACCACCGCCGCCCAUUUACUCAGCCACUAUGCCCAAGAAAAUGUCACGCGCUCAUGCUGCAUACAGCAGCAACAACAGCAACCAUCAUGGCAACAGCAACAAUAGCAGCAGCAGCAACAUGUCCAAUCAUAUGGCCAGUGCCUAUGCUGCAGCCUCAGCCAGCGCUACGUUGCCCAAAAACAUGCUACACCAACAACAACAACAACAGCAGCAGCAACAGCAACGUUUGCUACAGCAGCAACAACAACAACAAUAUCAUCAGCCCGCAGGCGUUGGCAAUGGUCACGCUAAUCAGCGCUCGCAAAUGCCACUGCCCCAGCAGCAGCAGCAACAGUUGCAGCAACGACAGCCUCCCAUACCAUCGCGUCAUUCCAGUGUGCAGCAAAAGAUUUUCGUUUCAACGAAUCCAUUUAUACAAACGACAGCCGUCAAGUUUCAUUCGCCAUCGUCGGUGCACUCAACGCCCGCCGCCUCGCCCACCUGCGGCUCGCUCGCCGCAGCUGCAUCUUUGGCCAGCAUUUAUGGCACAACAGCGCGUGGCGGCGGCGCCGCUGCUGCCUCGCAGCAAUAUCAUCAGCAACAGCAGCAGCAGCAGCAACACUAUUAUCGCGAUGUUGCUGGCGGCAAUAAUAGCAAUGGCGGCUCUGUUUACUAUGCCAGCCACAACAACGCCCACGCCCACGCUCACGCCCAUACGCCCCACAUGCCCCAUGUCCAGGCCCAGGCCCAUCAUUCAAACUAUGCCGCGAGCACAAAUAUCGAAAAGACUGGCAACAUACGUGCCAAGACCAAGGCUGAAUUUCUCGAGAAUCUCAAUGCGAAAUUGGCCAAACAGGGCAUGUCCGGACGUGCAUUUGCAGUGCGAAAUCUAAUCAACAGCAAGGCCCUGCCGGAUCCGCGCAUCUGUCAUGAGUCGUUAAUGGAUCAAAUAAAGCGCGGCGCACCGCUUAAGCGUAAUCAGAAAAUCAACGAUCGCAGCGCACCCAAAAUACAUUAAAUACGUAUCCUAACUAAGCGCAUAUUAUUUAUUAGCUAUUACCGCAUUAACAAAGAGCAAUGAGUUUAGUUUGAAACUAAGAAACUCGUCUAUACAAUAAAACCAACCUAUAAGAUACUUGCAUAACUGAUAUAUAAGCUAAACAUAACUAACUACUUGCUAUACAUACAAACAAACAAUUAAUAUUGUCAAUGCAUAUUAAAAUCAAAAACAAUGAACGGAGAGCUCUUGAUAAAUCUCUGUUUGCUAAAGUUGAGCUAAUUGGCAUUUAUCUUAUUUUUCCUAUAACUAUACACAUUUAAUUAUAUACAAAUAUAGCUACAUAUAAAGUAUCCAAAAUGUAUUUAAGUUAAUUUUGUUUGUUAAGUGAACUGUAUGCAACCAGAAACUGAACGAAAGACACUGAAGUUACAUACAUAUUUUGAAAUAAUUCAACAUUUAUGAAUUAUCUACAAUUUAAACUCGAAUUUAAUGUUAGUAAACCUUUGUUGCUGCUCACAUAUUUAAUACUAUUUAUAAUUUCUAUUUGUUU